AUGAAAUUAUUUAUUAUUCCUAUCACAAGAAACCGCUUUUUCUUAUAUUGUCAUCAAAAUUCUAUUCAUUCUAAACCAUCAUUGAUUGAUAAAUUUACAAAUAAAGUUGGAGAUCUUUGGAAAAAUUGGGGACAAUCAGAGAUAAAAUGGAAAAAAAGGCUUGUAGAACUGGGAAACAAAAUAGUAGAUAGUCUUCCUUAUGAAGAAUGGAGUCUUAGGAAUAUUCCAUCUCGAAAAAAGGUAGAUCAGAUACAAGGAACAGGAUCGUCACAAUAUAAAGUAACUGUACAUUAUCCAACAUCUAUCGGGCCUGAAAAAGCUAUUUUUACUAUAUCUGAUUUGGUCGAACGAAGAGCAUUAUUUCAUAAACGAUGGAUGAUUUUUUCUAUCAUCGGAACUCCAUUUACACUUCCUCUGGCAUUAAUACCUAUUAUUCCUAACAUUCCAGGCUUUUAUUUACUUUAUAGAGCUUAUUCUCAUUGGAAAGCAUUUCAUGGCGCACAACAUCUUAAAUAUCUUUUAAAAAAUAAUCUUUUUUAUCCAUCUGCAUCAUCUUCUCUUGAAAAAGUAUAUGGAAAUAGUUUACAAAAUACAACUCAUGAUGACUUUCUUCUAAAUACUACUAAAAUUUCCAUCAUAUCAAGAAUUAUCGAUAAUAAAGAUUUUAAAAUGCAUCUAGAAAGAGCUAUUAGACAGCUUCAAAAAGAGAAUUCAUUACAAACAUCUAAUUUAUCAAUGUCUUUGUAA